AUGAGUAGCACAUCCGGUAGUGGAAGAGUUGCCGGCAGUAGAUCGUGUGGAGGCUCGGCUUCCAGUAAUAACGCGAUCGGUGGUGUGGGGUCAAAUUUUCGCGUGCCCAAAUGUGCCCGCUGUCGGAAUCACGGUGUCAUUUCGGGAUUACGCGGACACAAGAAGCUAUGCUCGUACCGAAACUGCCGGUGUGCCAAGUGUGAGCUGAUACUGUCCCGGCAAAAGAUUAUGGCUGCGCAGGUAGCACUAAAACGGCAGCAAGCAGUAGAAGAUGCCAUUGCGCUGCGACUAGCUUCGACCGAAACUGGAACACAGCUGGAAGCGCUACCACCAGGCAAAAUUUACGGCAUGUCCGUCACGGAACCAUGCCCCUCGCCAUCACCCUCGUCCUCGAUGGCCUCCGUUGACGUUAUCUCGUCCACCUCUUCGGACGGUCUCGGAGGAUUCGAAGCAACCGAAGAAGCAAGAUUAAACCGGCCAAAAGCACCAGGAAAUGUGACCGUGUCGCAAAAUGCGCUCGACAUGCUAGCGAAGCUGUUUCCCCAUCGCAAACGAUCCGUACUAGAGCUGAUCCUGAAACGAUGCGAUUCUGACCUGCUGAAAGCGAUUGAACAGUGUAGUCAAACCCAAAAUAUCAGCGCCUUUAAACCACCAACACCAACAACAGCUUCCAGCUCGACACCUAGUGCUAGCACACCAAUCACACAACCACCGAUCAGCCCGAGCGGCUACUCGCCAUUCAUUGCGUAUCCAAAGUGGUUGCUACCGAUGUCCAUUCCGGUGUCUUUCAGUCACAUUGCACCCAACCUGGCACCGCGUUGCACUCUCCCCAACUGUGUCAUGUGCGUCCAUCAUCCGAUGUAA